UUUAUAGGUAUUUAGUUAGUGUAGCUGUAAUCAUGUGCUGGCUCUCCUUGUGCCAAGAAUGUGCUCUGCUGAAAGUCUAAAUAUUUUUACAAAUGUCAUGUUGGGUAAACUAGCUAUUCUUAUUUCACUUUAUCUAGUUGAAUGAAGCCAUGUAUUGUGGAAUUGCCCCAUGAAGCACAUGUACACAGAUACGAGCUAUAAGAAUACCGGGACAUCACAUUUAAAAUGGGUUUGCUUUGGAUUCCGUCGCUGACAAAGAGCAAGACUUGUCCACUGUGGAAGAGUAGCUAGAUUAAAUAAAUUAGCUAGCUUCUAGUUCCUGCAAUAUAGCUAGCAAGAAGCUUUUCUAAGGCAAGAUGAGUGGUAAUUCUGGUAAAAAUCAUGUGCCCGUCGACACCAAUGGCAUUACUCCAUUUCAAUAGAUGUUGGCUUCCUGCUCAGGGGCUCUCCUGACGUCAUUGUUUGUCACACCUCUGGAUGUCGUCAAGAUCAGACUCCAGGCUCAGAAAAGUCCUUUUCCCAAAGGGAAAUGCUUUGUGUACUGCAAUGGCCUGAUGGACCAUACCUGUGUGUGUACGAACGGCAACUCCAAGGCCUGGUACAAGGCCCCCGGCCACUUCAAUGGCACUCUGGAUGCCUUUAUUAAGAUAGUCCGCAGGGAAGGUAUCAAGUCGUUAUGGAGCGGCCUCCCUCCAACCCUUAUCAUGGCGGUCCCGGCGACGGUGAUCUACUUCACGUGUUACGACCAACUGCGUGCUGCCCUGAGGGUCAGGAUGGGGUCACACGCUGAGGAGGCGCCUCUACUAGCAGGCGCCCUUGCCAGAGUGGGCUCUGUGACAGUGAUCAGUCCGUUGGAGCUGAUCCGUACUAAGAUGCAGUCCCAGAGAAGUUCGUACAGGGAGCUGAGUGAGGUUAUCCACUCUGCAGUACGCAACGAGGGCUGGCGGUCUCUCUGGAGGGGCUGGGGACCCACACUGCUUAGAGACGUGCCCUUCUCAGCCAUGUACUGGUAUAACUAUGAGAAGGGGAAGGCGUGGCUGUGUAAGCACAACAACAUCAGAGAGCCAACGUUUGCCAUCACCUUCAUAUCCGGAGCGGUGUCUGGAUCAAUCUCUUCCAUAGUAACUCUUCCCUUCGACGUCGUGAAGACCAGGAGGCAGGUGGAGAUAGGGGAACUCCAGGCUAUGAAUUUGUCGUCCAAGGCCUCCUCCUCCACUCUCAGUGUGAUGACCAAGAUUGUGGCUGAGAACGGCGUGGGUGGACUGUUUGUAGGUUUCCUUCCCAGGGUGAUCAAGGUGGCCGCAGCCUGUGCCAUUAUGAUCAGCAGUUAUGAGUUUGGGAAAGCCUUCUUCCGCAAGCACAACCAGGAGAGGCUGCUGAGUAGCAACACCUGACCUGACUAGGGCCUCUCACACACACAAACCACAGACAAUACCAAGAACACAAUCAGCCAUCGCCAACAGUAGGUAUUGGCUACCUCUACCUUUCCCUGGGUCCUUAGAGAUUUUCAGGCGUAACUUUGCAUGCCUGUGUCCUCCCAGCUGCUUAGACACCCCAAUACACCUCACCUCAGAAAGUGUUCAAGUGUGAUAUGUCAUGUGACUAGCUGGAAGUAGCUAAUGUUGGCGUUUAGGACCUAAGAACGCCAGGACUUGAUUCUGUUCCAAAGCAGGAAAUACUGGCAGACAUGAAAACAAUAUUGAAGACAAAUAUUUGUAGGUAAUCAAUAUUAUUCAUAUUUUAUCUUAUAUUUCUCAAUCAAGGUAUACUGCACUUAAUCACCAUACUAAUUGUGACGAGAAAAUAGUAAAAGUGCACAGAUUGUAUUUAAAAUAUAUAAUUUUUUUUUUGCCAAAUCAUGAAGGUAUUAUCAUUUUCAUAACUACUUACAAAUAAUUAGCAUAAUCUUUUUCCUGUGCACCCAUGGUGAAAUAUCAUGUUAUGAAGUGCAUUUAAUUCCACUGCCCUGUAGGUGGUAUCAGAGAGUUUUCUGUAACCAGAAACUGGGGGGGGGGGUCAUAUUGGACAAGUGUUUUAUCCCGUUACGUUAGUUAUUGAGGUAUGGGGGUUGUGUGCACUGUGCCAUCCGGGGUCUGACAGUAAUAAAUCAUUUGAUGGAUAUAUUUGUCCUGUUUCACACAUGUACACGUGUGUAUUAUACCCAUUUCUGAAAUGGGGAAAUGUGUUUUUUUGCAUAUCCCGACUCCUCCUGAGACACCCUCGGAGAGUGGAGUCAGGGACAGUAGAGAUGAGUGUCAAAGCUGUGAAUUAGGCGGGAUAACUUCUGGUUAGUAGUCUCUGUCCCGCAGAACCCCCUCUCAUUCCCUGCCGCUUUCUCUAUCACCUCAUUCUCAACCCUAUUGGAAGAGAAGGUCCAAGGUCCUUCAGGAUACAUGUUCUGUUCAGUGCCAGACUGCCAGUUUAAACCUGAAAUUCAACUCUUAACUUGCACCUCUUCCAGAAUCCCAUAUUCAAUCCCCAGUCAGCCAGACAUGGACUGUGAACUGUGACAGCCUGUACAUGUACUCAAAACAUGUAGCAAUGAUAUAUAUUUCUAUUGUUUAAUAUAUUCUACAAUGGUCACCUGCAGUGACAUGUUUUCCAACUUUGUACAGAAAUACAUAGAGAAUAAAAGUCACAUUUUGACAUUUGAA